UCCCCGCAGUCCCCGCUCCACAACAACACCACCACCAUCAGACCGCUUCACCCUGUCCGCGACCCGGGGCACCAUGCACCUGAACGACCUGCUGCUGUGCGUCUGCCUCUGCGCGCUGCUCCGGAGCUGCUGUCUGGCCUUGAACAACGACGCCACGGAGCUGCUGUCCCCCCACGGCCACAGCAGCAGCGCCCGCAGCCAGGAGCACCAGAGCAACGUGUCCCUGCUGCAGAACCGAGCCCGGACCGGAGGCAGGGGAGCGACCCACCAAAGAAGAGACAAAGGCCAGAUCGGCUGCAGGGAGCUGAGGUCCACAAAGUACAUCUCGGACGGCCACUGCACCAGCCUCAAACCCAUCAGGGAGCUGGUGUGUGCGGGCGAGUGUCUCCCCGCUCAGCUCCUGCCCAACUGGAUUGGAGGGGCCCCUGGAGGCCGGCUGUGGGCCAAGAGGAGCAGCAGCAGCAGUGGGGGGCCGGACUGGAGGUGUGUCAAUGACAAAACCCGCACCCAACGCAUCCAGCUGCAGUGCCAGGACGGAAGCACGCGCACGUACAAGAUCACUGUGGUAACCUCCUGUAAGUGCAAGAGGUCCUCCCGCCAGCACAACCAAUCAGGAGGCAAGUAUGAGGAGGAGGAAGUGAUGUCAUCGCCGCACCUCAAACAUCAGGUGAAGAGCAAGAGGAGACUGGGCAAGAAGAAGAACUACAUGGACAAUUGGCACGAGCCUUGAGAACGGACUCACUGGAAGAUUAUGGACUAUAUAGACUCUACAAGGGUUAGUUAGGGUGGUACCCACUUGGCUGCAGCGUUAAGGUACUCUGACUAGAUUUCAGUUUUGCUUCAAAUUAUUUUAUGAAAGCAAAUCCAGGGUGAUAUCAGUUUGAUAUUUGCAAGGUUAUUAUCAAUCCUUAAUUUGUUUUGCCCUAGUUCCCAAUAUUUUAUAAGCAGCACUUGAGAUCAAAAUAUGUCUGCUACGUGCUGCAUCUAUUUAUAAAGCGUUUUAUUGUCCUAUAAUCAGAAAAGACACAGUUUGCAUGCUAGUUGUUGUUUGCAUUAAACUACAGUGUUGGCAAAACUCAGCACAGCGAAAUUUUGCUGAUAAACUCAUUGUAGCGAAUAAUGAAUAUGCUCGGAAUGCAUAAGAUAAGUGAGAAAAAACUCACUGCAAACUGUUUAAAAUGAACUAGUUCUGUUUUCACUGUUCUAAUACAAUAAAAAUGAGGUACAGUGCCUUGAAAGUUUAGUUUUAAACGGACGCCCCCGACUACAAUGGGUCUUAUCGCCCUGGAGACUUGGGGAAUUAGAGAAAGAACUUGGUUAAAUUACAUGACUGCAUGUGAUAUCUAAAGUCAAUAGUCAGUAUCUGCUCAGUUCAAACUCACAUAGGUCUAAUACUAAUACUAUGAAUAAUAAGCUAUGAAAAAUAUAAAAGGUUAUAAAAUGAUGUUUUAGUGAGAACAAGACAGUUUUCAGUUAUUUUCUACCACUAGUAAUAGCCUACACAGAAUCAAAGGCAGUAGGCAUAUUGCUCAAAAUGGUUUCUUUAAAUGGAGAAUCCUGCUUGAACUGUGACUAUGAAUUGUAUCUGCUCCACUACAAAAGUUAUAUCAUUUUCAAAGGGUGUAAAUAUGUGUAUAAAAUGCCAGAAAUAACGCAUAUUACUUAAAAAUAUACAGAUGUUAUGUUGUUAAGAUUUAU